UUUUGGUACCUUUCCCUCUGUGCUCGAUCCCAAUACAAUACCAGAUUCUUUGCCACUCCUAGAUUUUCUCCCUCUUCUUCUCUUCCAUUCUCUCCCAAAGUUUCAACCUUUGAUAAAAUUGAAUCAUGGGAAACGCCCUCAGAUUCCUCUACAGCCAUUGCUGCAAACCCACAACAGCCGGUGAUGAGUCACUUGGACCUCACGGUGUGUCCUCAGCCACCGUUGGUGUUUCAGCACUUGCACAUGAUCUCUUUCACUUUGACAUCACCUCCCAGGUCCCGGAAGGACUCAGCAAGCAUGUUGUGUCUUCUAAGAAGGCUCAGGCUAAUUGGUAUAGAAAGUUGGUUGAUGCUUGGAAAGAGACAAAGCCCCCUCCUAAGACACCUGAAGAAGCGGCUAGACUUGUCAUUCAGACCUUGAAACGACAUCAGAAAGCAGAUGUUGAGGGAUUGUUGGCUUUCUAUGGUCUUCCUCUACCACACACCCUCGUUCAAGGAACUGCUCAACCCCCUUCAUCUUUGCCUAAUGGAGUGCAAUUUGAAAUGCACACCUUGCCUGUUGAUGCAAAAGCAGUAGCAGAUGGUGAUACUAUAACAGUGUAUGUUAGCACAGCAGACUCCAGAGAAUCAGCAUUUGUCCCUGGCAACGUGCAUACAGCAGCUGUGCGAAGAUCAGAAGCGCGUGCACGAAGGAACUUCGCAGAAGCAGAUGCAUUUCACAAACAGAUCAUUGAUUCCGGAUAUCGGGUGAUUCCUGUUGAAAACGAGGAAAUCCUAGCUAAGAAGUAUAGGAUUCGACUAAGGGGAAUUGAUGCACCAGAAAGUGCAAUGCCAUAUGGAAAGGAAGCUAAAGCUGAACUGACCAAGAUUGUUCAAGGCAAGUCUUUGAGGAUCCUUGUUUAUGGAGAUGAUCGCUAUGGUCGUUCUGUAGGUGAUAUAUAUUGUAAUGGCAUUUUUGUACAGGAAAUGAUGUUAAAGAAGGGUUUAGCAUGGCACUACACAGCCUAUGACAAACGACAGGAAUUGGAAACAUGGGAAAAACAAGCCAGAGCAAAGCGUGUUGGAUUGUGGGCUUCAAAAAAUCCUGAGAUGCCAUGGGAGUGGAGAAAGGACAGACGAGAAGCUGCAUGACAGCACUUGAAAUCACACUAGUGAGUGCCAAAAGAAAUUGAGCUUAUUAGCACAUUCUAGGGAAAAACUCGAACAAAAGGUCCUUCAUUCAAUGUUAAUGUAUCAUUUUUUGAACAAAUUGUAUGUAUAUAAAACUGCUGUCAACCGACUAGAUCUAUUUUCCAAUGGAAUGCUUGGAUCAUUAAGUUAACAAAUCUAAUUUUGGACAUUCUAAACAA